CAGCAGAGCAACAGAGAGAAGCUAGGUGGAUGUAUGGAAGGACCGCCACCUGCCUUGUUUAUUCAGCUUUCUCUAGAGGAGGCGAAUGAAUUUCACUUCUUGUUUCCACCUAACGAACAGAGAGAGUAGCUGUCCGUGAAGUGGAAAGACGAAUAAGAAGAAAUAAAAUAAAUAUUAGCUUGUUGUAACGCGUGUUAAAAGUUCGGGGCUAAUUCUCAGGCAGCAGACGUGAGCUCUCUCAGGAAAGGUAGUUGUUUUAGUGGGAGGCGGAUGCAAGCAGGUACCGAGCCCACGGAGCGGGAUGGUCCAGUGUCCGGUCCGCUGAUGCUCCUUCAUCUUCAUCUGGACUCGUUUGGACCAUGAAGGACACGGGGGAGUCCAAAGACCACCAGCUAACCGUUGCCUUGAGGAUCCGACCCCUCAGUGAUGCCGAACAGGAGGAGGGGGCCACCAUUGUGGCCCACAGAGUGGACGACCAGAUGGUGGUUCUGAUGGACCCCAUGGAGGACCCGGAUGACAUCCUGCGUGCCAACCGCUCCAGGGAGAAGACAUACAUGUUUGAUGUGGCAUUUGACUUCUCAGCCAGUCAGGACGAGGUGUACCGAGCUACAACCAAAGAGCUAAUAGAAGGCCUCAUAUCAGGCUACAAUGCCACUGUGUUUGCCUAUGGACCCACAGGUUGUGGGAAAACGUACACCAUGUUGGGAACCGACAAGGAGCCGGGCAUCUACGUCCGCACACUGAACGAUUUGUUUCGUGCCAUCGAGGAGACCAGUGAUGACAUGCUGUACAGCGUAUCCAUGUCCUAUCUGGAGAUCUAUAAUGAGAUGAUCCGGGACCUGCUGAACCCAUCCUCAGGCUUCUUGGACCUAAGAGAAGACUCUAAGGGUGUGAUUCAGGUUGCAGGCAUCACAGAGGUGUCUACUAUUAACGCCCAGGAGAUCAUGGAAUUGCUAAUGAAGGGCAACAAGCAGCGCACGCAGGAGCCAACAGCUGCUAAUCAGACGUCGUCUCGCUCCCACGCUGUGCUGCAGGUGGCCGUCAAGCAGCAGAGCCGCUGUCGAGACGUCCUGCAGGAGGUCCGCUACGCUCGGCUUUUUAUGAUCGACCUCGCCGGCUCAGAACGAGCCGCACAGACUCAGAACAGAGGUCAGCGGCUGAAAGAAGGAGCCCACAUCAACCGCUCACUUCUGGCUUUGGGCAACUGCAUCAACGCCCUGAGCGACAAAAAUGGCAACAAGUACGUCAACUAUCGAGACAGCAAGUUGACUCGCCUCCUGAAGGACUCUUUGGGUGGAAACAGCCGAACGGUAAUGAUAGCUCACAUUAGCCCCGCCUCCAUAGCUUUCGAGGAGUCUCGUAACACGCUGACGUAUGCUGACCGUGCCAAAAGCAUUCGAACGAGGGUGAAGAAGAACCUGAUAAAUGUGUCAUACCACAUUGCUCAGUACACCAACAUCAUCUCGGACCUCCGCUGUGAGAUCCAGCGGCUCAAAAAGAAGAUCGCAGAACAGGCGAGCCGCCAGCUCAGCUCCGACAGAGCUGACAUCCGCAACAUCCAGGCGGAGGUCCAAGCCCACUCCAGCCAGCAGAGCCGAGCAGAGAUGGACCAGUUGAGGGAGCAGCUUCUGGAUGCUUUCCGCCAGCAGAUGGAGAUUAGGAAGUCCCUGAUCGAGCUGGAGAACAGCAACAUGGAGAUCCAGAUCGACACCUCCAAACACCUUAUAACCAUUGCAGACUGGGAGCAGGAGCAGAGUAGGCGCAGGAGGAAGUGGCGUGCAGAGAGGAGGAAGGAAAGUGUCAAUAAGGAUGAAAGUGAAAAAGAUUCUGAUUCCCCGGAGUCUCCCCCAGACAGCGCCGAGACCCAGGAGGUGUCUGUGGCUCGAGAGAACCUGGUCACCCUCAUGGUGGAACAGAAGAAGCUUCAGAAACAGAAGGGGUUGCUGGAGUGCAGGUUCCUGGAGCUUCGAGAUCGAGCUCGGCGCCUAGAGCUGCUGCUCCCUCGGAGGGUGAGCUCAGAGGAGCAGCGCGAGGUCCUUGCGCUCCUCUGCAAGGUCCACGAGCUGGAGAUCGAGCACACGGAGAUGCAGUCCCACGCACUGAUUAAAGACAACGUCAUCCGGCAGAAAAACUUUGUUGUGCAGCGCUUCGAGCAGCACAGACACUUGUGCGAUGAGAUCAUUCAGCAGCAGAGACAGGUCAUUGAUGACCACAGUCUGCUGGUGCCACCGCACCUCCAGGAGCUGUACGACACGUACACGAGGGAGCUGGAUGAGAGGAAGAUGGAAAGAGCUAUGGCCCUGGAAAAGCUGACCAGCAGAUACACUGUCAAGGAGGGCUCUUUGCCUAAGAUCGCUGUGCCUGGUCUGGGUCGCGACUACACGCAGGAUGUGGAUUCAGACCAGGAGAGCGUGCGCAACAUGUGCUGCGAUAACAGACGAGGUCAAGGCAGGAUGCGUAGACAUACGUUGCCCCCCAUUCUGCCCGAGUCCGAGCCUGACAGAGUUUUCAAGAGCAGCCCCCACGCCAAGCAAGUAAAGAGCCUGAUUAUAAUGACCCCACCUCCGAUUCACAUCAAUGGGAGGGGCAACAGAGAGCUGCAGCCUUUGGCUCCUGAAAGCUUUACGAGCUACAGGCAUCUCAGCCACAGCGUCAGUAGCCAGCUGGACUCUUCACCUGAGAGCAGCGAGGCCGGGGCUGAUGCCCCCCUUUCCCGAAACGAACGACAGCAGAUCCUUAAAGGCGUCCAGAACAUUGUGGUGAAAGCAGCUCGUCGGCGCUCCAAAGCUCUGGAGGUGGACGCCCUGCGGUUACACCCCGCCCCCUCUCCCUUGGAUUCCAAAAAGCAGAGAAGCAGUCUUUCUUUGAGCGAGGCGCCUCCUAGAGGUGUAGCGCUGCAGCGCGGCAGGCUGCCCAGCCCCGAGCUGAGACACGCCACCUCAGACGAUAACCUGUCCAGCAGCACUGGGGAGGGACCCGGCCUGCAGGGGACCUGGACCCGCCCUCGUAACCGCCCGUCCGCCACCAAGAACCAGACGCCUCGUGACGUGGACUUUGAAGCUCGGCGGAAGAAGAGGCGGUCACGAUCCUUUGAAGUCACCGGUCAGGCACUGCCUCCAACUAAAGCAGCCGCAGCUCAGAGGUUUCGCCCUCUGGACAGCACAUCAGACACCCACCUCCAUAUUAACGGUCAGGCCCCCAUGCUGCGUCCCCAGUACAGAGGGGGCCCUCCCCUCGCCAAAGUCAGGCCCCACCACAACAACCAGCACACAGGCUCUCAUGCUGAAUCCUCGACAGCCAGCAUUAAUAACCUGAAGAAAGCACCCCACCCCCGGCAGCCCCUCCUCUACAUCACCUCCACCCAGCGCACACGCAGACACUGAGCCCAAGAGAUUUACACCCAAACCAGCUGAGCUCAAAGAGAGAAAACGUUCUACUCUGAGCAUCCGUGUAAAAACCAAAACCGAAACCCUCUGGGACGGAGAGGCCCAGACCACCGACGGGCUCCGAGAC